CGGAUCGGUAGCCGAAAGUGACACAGCGGCACAACCGGACAGAAUGCCAGAAGGAGACAGUGCCGGUGAAUCCAUCCAUGGGAAACCAUCAGCGAUCGGGAACUUCUUUAAGCGGCUCGGACAGAUUUAUCAGUCAUGGUUGGAUAAGUCAACGCCGUUCUCAGCAGUCCGAUGGGCAUCCACGCUUAUUCUAACGGCCAUAUAUAUGAUCAGAGUAUAUAUACUACAGGGGUGGUACAUAGUCACAUAUGCUCUUGGGAUCUACCACCUUAACCUCUUCAUUGCUUUCCUCUCACCAAAAGUGGAUCCCUCAUUGCUCGAUGAUCCAGAUGAGGGUCCGGCACUACCCACAAAACAGAACGAAGAGUUCCGGCCGUUCAUCAGGAGGUUGCCAGAGUUCAAGUUCUGGCAUUCAGCGACGAAAGGCAUCGUCAUCGCUAUGAUUUGCACAUUCUUCGACGCCUUUAACGUGCCAGUGUUUUGGCCCAUCCUCGUAAUGUAUUUCAUCAUGCUGUUCUGCAUCACCAUGAAACGGCAGAUCAAGCACAUGAUCAAGUAUAGAUACCUGCCCUUCACACACGGGAAGAGGACUUACAGAGGCAAGGACGACACAGGGAAAACCUUUGCUAGUUAAAAUUCCCCUUCCUGAAAUUAAAGUUAUUGAUGAAGAAUGGUGCGUAAAGGGGGUUGAGGUUUUUUCUUUUUUUUUUUUUUCUCUCUAUUUUUUUUUUAUUUCUAUCUUUUUUUCUGAGUAAGAAAAAGCCAAGCCUGUUGGAUCGUUUGAAACUGUAAUGCUGCCUUUAAGUGUUUUGGGGUCUUUGAGAAAUGCUGUAGAGAGCUUCAACACUGGCGAUUUUUAAUAUAGUAGGACGUGUGAGAUUCCACUCGAAAGAUUCUUCAAACUUUAAUAAAUUUUUUCUUCAGAAUGGAUUUUAAAAGGAAGUACAUAUUUUAUGCUCAUCGUCUCACUCUCGUGUCUUUUUAAAAACCACAAGAGACAAAAAGAGAUAUUUAACAGAAUGUUCAUGCUGCUCUUUUUCCAUAUCUUUUUCCUAAAAAAUAGCCAGAUGUGUUCUGCUAAUGCUAAAAGUCAUACUGAUUUGGAACUAAAUGAAUAUUAGAAGUACGUUUUUGCUUGUCUAUUACUUCGUUAUUUACGAAUCACUUCAAAUAUGUUGUUUAUAAAGGCAAACUGCUCAUUAUUUGACCCCCAGCAUUGUGAAACAGUUUAAUAUUAAUACCGUGGUACUUUCAGUGUCGAUUAUUAUAACAUUAGAAUCAGUAUUCAGACUAACAUAAGAAGCUUCCAUGAGAGAGGAGAAAUUAUCGAUGAUGAUGAUUAUAUCUUGCCACAUGUUAAUAUUUGCCUUUUAUGAACAUUUGUGAUUCUCUUAAUGUGCUGUAGCAUUGUAUUUAAUUUCUGUACAUACAUGUCCACUAAUCAAAAAUAAUCCAUUUGUGCUGUUUGUAAGUUAUUCUUCAGUAGCUAAACCUUUCAAACCCCCGCGCCUUGUACGUCAGGUCUUCUCUUUUUUUUUAAAGCAAGCGUGCAUUCCAUUAAAAUGAAUAUGACACACACAAA